CUGAUUUCUGAUAUUUUUAUAUGUAAGAAAAAAUAUGUUUAAAAAACUGGAGGUGAUAAUAUUACAGCAGAUCGGAUGGUAUGGACGAGGAGUAUCGAGACUCGGCUCGGCAAUGGAAAACUUACUCUCUUGUGUUGCUCGUCUUCUUGGUUGCUCUCGUUGCUGGCUUUGCAGCGACGAUUGUCUAUUACGAAAUCAUUCGCAAACCUUACGGCGCAACACACUGCAAUCGAGUCACGCUGACAGAACGACCCCUAGAAGGUGAUCCAGGUCACUCAAUUUUUCGAGAUCUUACAAAAAAUGAGUGGUCAGCACUGGAAAAUUAUUUGUAUUCCAACAAAGCUUUUAAUCUUAAAAGAAGAAACAUUUAUGCACCAAAUUCGAGUUAUCUGUACUUCGUCGAAUUGUUGCUGCCCAACAAAACAUCCGCUUUAGAUUUUCUGGACUUUAUAGGCCGGCCUCAGCCCCCGAGAGAGGCCCGUGUUGUGUUGUUCCGUGGUGACAAAUUUCCCCCAGUGACGGAGGAGUACUCGGUUGGUCCGCUGCACAAAAUAGAAUAUCACAGACUUCUACUAUCGGCCCCAUAUCUCUACAGACCGGUGUCCACCAUCGAAACCCGCGCAGUCCGGAAACUACUGCGGCGAGUCGACGUCACCCUUAAAUAUGUCUUAGAGGAAAGUUACGAGGCUAGCUUCUUUGACUGUGAUCCACAAUGUCUAAUUCUGGACUAUUACACCCCAGUAACUCCAGCUAUGUCUGGAAGAAACGUCCGCUUAAUUUGGUAUUGGACUCACUACCAAGUCAAACAAUUCUUGCUGAAUCCUGUGGACUUUUUCAUCUUAUUCAAUUUGGAUGGGCCAGAUCCAAACAAAUACUACAUAGAAAAAAUAUGGUACUCUGGACAAGAGUACAGAUCUCCUGAGCAUGUUCUAGAGGCGUAUAUUUCUGGAAAUUCGCCAAAAUCUUCGAUCCCAUUCCCCGUAGAUCCACACAUUCUACUGUCCGUUAAUCCCUCUACUCCUACGAUGGGAUUGCGGAGUCCAAAGGUGGUUGAACCGGAUGGACACAGAUAUUCUGUCAAUCAAGGAAGAAUACAGUACAUGGACUGGGAUUUCCACAUCAGAAUGUCGACAACAUCCGGGCCGCAGUUAUUGGAUGUUAAAUACAGGAGCGUCCGUAUUCUGUAUGAACUCAGUCUGCAAGAAAUAGCAGCGUUUUCAUCCGGGCAUCACCCAUGGCUACGUCACUCAAGCCUCUUGUACAGUAGUCUUUUACUGGGAAGGCAUGCUAGGUCACUGAUACCGUCCGUAGACUGUCCUAUACAUGCUACAUACAUUUCAGUUACUACGUCAAAAGAAAGUCGACCUAAAAGUAGUAUUCUUCCUAACGCAUUCUGUGUGUUUGAACAAGAUUCGGGUUUCCCACUUCGUCGAUCAUCAUCAAAUAAUUUCUUUUCGGGAUUAUCUGAUAUUUCAUUAACAUUAAGAGCCAUAUUAUCUGUGCUUGGUAACGAAUUUAUCAUUGAUGUGUUGUUUCGUUUAAAUGGCGUGAUAGAGACUAGGGUAACUGUCACGGGAUAUCCAAUGGGAACAUUCCAUGCACCGCAAGAAUCUCGUUAUGGAUUCCGAUUGCGGGAAAACUUCAUAGCGCCCAUACGACAAUUUUCAUUUCAUUUCAAAGUAGAUUUAGACGUGCAUGGUACAAGCAACCGUUUUGAAACCAUCGAUAUACAAACUCAGGAUAUAUAUUCAGGUGACGAGGCUGGCAGUGACGAUAAGGUUAUUCAACAAUUAAAAAUAAAAACUGAUCUUAAAAUGACAGAACAACAAGGGUUAAUCAAGGACUUUUUCGAAAGGUACUUUAUAUUCCAUAAUGAUAAGAUCAAAACGAAAUACAAAGACCUUACUGGUUAUCGGAUACAUAUGACGGGGAGUGCGGCAGGACAACUGUUGUCUUCCGGAACCGGAAAUGAGCCGUCAAUGUCCUGGUCUCGUUAUCACAUAGCAGUGACCAAGAGUAAGGAUACAGAGAGAUGCAGUAGUUCUAUCUAUUCCAUGUGGGAUUCACAGAAACCAGUGGUUAACUUUCAGAACUAUAUUUCAGAUGAUGAAGAUAUCGUAGAUGAGGAUCUGGUUGCCUGGGUGACUUUGAGGACGUACAAGGUUCCAUCUAUGGAGUCACUUCCGGUUUUUCAGACAGCGGGAGACCUGCAGUCUUUCUUUAUUUCUCCUUUCAAUUAUUACAAAGAAGAUCCGUCAAUUACGUCAAGAGAUGCCUUAAUUGUGGAACCAAGUUCUGAUUCAGAAGAAUAUCUUGACAAAUAUAAUCUAACAGCGUAUAGUAUUAUUAAUAAUGGCAUCACAAAAUCGUUUAAAUGUUCCACUGAAUACAAAGUUAAGGACAAAAUCGUUCUACUUAAGACUGAAUCUUUGUAUGGAAGUUCUCAUGAUAAUGGUGAGAAAUAAAUUUGUACUUUU